AUGGGCAUUGGAGAAGUAAAGCUUAAGUGUAAGACCCCGAGCGGUGUGAGUACGGUAACCUUGAGGGAGGUCCGGCACGCUCCGAGGGCACAGGUGAAUUUGUUCGCUCUGACAAGGGCGACCGACGCGGGAGCACGAGUGGUGCUCGAGGGGAGAACCGCGCAGAUCGAGACGGACGGCGUGGUCCGUAUGGAGGCAGUCAAACGUGGAGGCUAUGGGACAUUGAGACCGUGGGACAUUGCGAGGGGUUUGGUCAAGGGGAAUCGGGUGUGCGCCACGGCAAAGAGGCCGGUAAGAGCGGAACGCGUGGUGAAAAAGACGGUGAAGGUCGUGGAGGUCGACCUAGACGAGUCGAACGACGAGGAUGGGGGCGUCGAACGAGAGAGGGGAACUUCUGCGGGGGAGGACGAAGGGCCGCGCACAAAUCCAAAAAUGGUCGAAAAAGGGGCGAAGUUUGAAACGGCGCGCGAGGGGGACGCGCACGCGCCCGCGACGGACCGCGGCCGUGUCGCGGGCACAGUUCAAAAAAAGGCCAAAAAAGCGUUGUCCAUCAUCGGGCUAAACGUUGAGGACCACCAUUUGGGGUCGAUUGAGGAGUGCAAAACCGCAAAGGAGGCGUGGGAUCUCCUUGAGAAGACUUACAAGAGCAAAACCAAUGCAAAGAAGAUGCAACUCAGGCAAGAGCUGCAUUCUCUCAAGAUGAAGUCGGAGGCUUCGGAAAGCGCCAUUAGCUCGGUGGAUGCGGUUCUGCCGAAGCUCUUGGUUCAUGAGCAGGGAUUUGAGAAGUCGCCCAAAGAGAAGGGCGGCGGUGAGUCGGACUCCGGAGUGGCCUAUGUGGCCAGGCGGAAAGGGAAGGAGAAGGUCCACGGCAAGGAUAAGAGCCGGGGCAAAGGGCCCAAGACCUAUAAUUGCGGGGAGUUUGUUCACAUUGCUCGGAAGUGCAGCAAGCCGGAUAGGCGGGAGCACAAGCCGGAGCUGAAGAAAGGGGGGAAACCUCCCAAGGGUGUGGCUUUCAGCGUCAUUGAGGGAGUGUCGACCGACGAGUGGCUCGUCGAUUCGGGUAGCUCCCAACACCUAACCGGGGACAAGAGCCUAUUUGAGACCCUCGAAAUGUUUGAGGGGAGUGGCCGAGAAUUCACGUUCGGGAACAAGGGAACCCUAUCGGCAGAGGGAGCGGCUUGGUAG